GUGUCAUUAAAAGAUUAAAGUAUACAAAAGAAUGUCUCAUGACAAUUUUAUUUUGUUUAAUAAGACCACGUUAAUUUAGCAUCUCCAUAGCAACGUUGUAAAUGGACGGCCAUUUGUUUUCGAAAUGAAGCGCUCCAAAUGAUCUUCUGACAGGACAAAACUAAAUAACUAAGCGAUAAAAUGGCAACACAAACUCAAACAUUACGAAAGCCUGGAUUUCAGCCAGCACGGAGACACGACUAUCUGUAUGAUCCUUUACAUGUGGUAGCCAGUGAACGAGAUCAUGCAAGAGCCACGUUUAAAUCGCACACCAGCACUGACAGGGUUAAAAGAGUCCCUUUGUACCCUACUAUGUUCAGUGAACUACGACACCACCCAAGAUUUCAGAUGAGGUUGGAUGUUACAGAUCCUGUUCCUAAAUUUAUUUCAAGACAAUGGAGAGGAUAUCAGAACCAAGCAAGAGAAGCCAUGAUUAGGCAUACAACAUUUAACUUUGAUCCGUCUGUUCAAGUUCCUGCAAAAGCAUAUUCCUCAGCAGAUGUAGGAGGAGCAGAUAGAUAUAAAUUCUUUAAAAGGCCGAUUAUUCCAUUUUUACAACAAAUACCACCAGAAGUAUUACUAGCCACAGCCAGACAAGAUCCAUUGGCAGCACAAGAACAACUACGAGUAGAGAGGGCACCUACACCACCUACUAAAAACAUGAUGACACAAACAGACUAUAGGGACUCUGAGGCACAAACAGAUCCUUAUACACCAGAAUAUGUUGUCAGACCUGGGUCAGCACCAGAGUUACUCACAUUGGCAACUCUCAGCUAUGGAAGGGGAUUACCAGCUGGAUUGGCUGAGGUAGAGAUGAUAGAGAGGGCUAGAGCCAAACGAGCAUGGGAGGCAACUCUUCCUCCACUAAGUGAUGUCUCACAGUUAGACAAAAGAAGGAAGAUGAUGGACGAGAUGGAAAGAAAAGAAUGGACAUUGAGAGAACAAGAAAUAGAAAAACUCCAGGAAGCAAGAUUAGAGGUUUUGAAACAGCUGUUGAAAAAGAGAGAAGAAAAUCAUGCAGAACUGAAUAUAAAGAGAUUAGAUAAAUUAUGGUCAAAGAAACAGAAGGAAAAAGAGGCCAAAAUAAAGAAAAUAAGAAAUGAACACAUAAAAACCAUAAGAAAGCUGACUGGUAAAAGAGCUAAAGUUGAAGGAAAACUGGAGAGGAGAGAUGUGAUUCAGGAUUUCUCUAAUUAUGGUUCCCAAACCUAUGCACCACUAACAAGAAUAGGAAUGUUCUUAGACAGGGGAUCAGAACAAUUUGUUGUCAAGAGUAAACAUCUCAGUACAUAUCAAGGUCUUCUAGAAUUAGAGGCAUCACUACCAGACUUUGUAACAAACCCCAGAAUUAAAGCUCCUAAACCUAGAACUGGGGUGAAAGCUGGAUUUAUCAAGAGGAAAGACAGACAGGAAAAUGAACUCAAAGAUAUGUAUCAAACUAUAAAGUAUGAACAAACCAAAGGAGAAGAUCAACCUAAACCACUGAAGUUUCUACAGAAGAUUGAGAAACCAAUUCCUAGACCUCCUACUCCAUCUGUGGAUGUUCCUUCUGAGGAAGAAGAAGAAAGGGAACUUGCUACCAUAUUCCUGCAACAAGUUAUCAGAGGAAGAGCUAUACAGAACAUGAUAUUUGAGGGUAAAGAAAAGAGAAUGGAACUAAUUAAGGAAUUAAGAAGUACUCAUGCCUUACAAGAUGCUGAACAUGCAAUGAAACUACAGGAGAAACAGGCUACAUUGGCUCUACAAAGACAGAGAAGGCUACAUGAACACAAGGAAUUCUUGGUUGAUGAAGCACUUAGUCAGAUGGAGGGAGCCAGUCUUGGGGAUAUGGCUGAUUUCUUAAGUAAAGAAUUGAUAAGACUUCAGGAGGAGAGAAGAAUACAUGCUUUCUCAAUGUUAGCAGAAAGGCAAAGAAGAAUAAGGGAAGCUGAAGAAAGUGGGCGUCGCCAAGUAGAAGAGAGACGAAGGAGAGAGGAGGAUGAAAUUUUCAAACAGGUUGUUAAAGUACACCAGAACAGCGUUCAGACUUAUCUAGAGGACAUAAUCAUGGGAUCAGUAGAUAACACUGCAGAUUUACAGGCCAGAUCAGAAAUCAUGGAGACUGCAGACAAGAUUAAUGAUAUCGCUUAUGAUAUUGAAGACAAGAGAACUCAAUUAGAUUCUGAAGAAAUAGUAGCUGAUCUUGUACAUUGCUUCCUGAUACCAGAGGUACAAAAAACCACAAUGAGAGAAAAAGUAAAAAGAUCACAAAGAAAAUAUCUGAUAGCAGCACACAAUGAAAUCAACAAAGAUGCUGAGAACACAAUCAGUAUGAAUGCUAAGGCACCAAAAUCAGAACAGCCAAAAUAAGAAGAAAAAUUAAUAAGCUAGAUGGGCUUUCUGACUGUUUAGUCUAUUUAACAAUCUAAAUGAAAAUUGUUAACAAAAAUGAAAAAUCUACAGAAAUUAAGAUGUGAAGAGUACAUGUGCUUGCAUGAGGAAUUAUUUGAAGUAUGAGAGAGUAUAGGUGUAGUAUUUCUCUGUGAUAUGCACUGCCUGUAUAUCGUUAAUCAUGUGUCUUAUCAUGAAAAAAAUGUCAUCUAUUUGUAAAACUACAUUCCAAAAGUUUUUGUUACUUUUUAUUUAUUUUUCAUGCUUAUUUGUUUUUACUUGUUGUGGUCAGAGGACUUGAAAUAUCAAUAGAUGACUUUGAAAUAAGGUUUACCAAGGUCAAAGUGUGAUGCUGCCACAUUUAUAAGUUCUGUACUUUCCUAGCUUAUUCUUAAUUCUGCAACAGACAAUAUUUCUCUAAUGGGAAUUAAUUUAUUUUUAUGGGUACCAAUUUUUGCGGAUAAAGAAAAAAAUGUACUUUUGCAGAUAUUUUAUUUCAUUGUUUUUUUUGUAAUUUGUUAAAACAUGUAAGUUCAUGUUUCACCUGUACCCACAAUAAUUGGUAUCCCACAAGAAAUAAGAUAUCCACAGUAUCAAGUUAUCUAACAAAAGUUAUUUUAAAAGUUCUCUUUUGAAUAAUUGUAUAUCAGAAAAGAUAAUAUGUGUUAUAUAUACUGGAGAUAAUACCAGGUUUUAAGGGAGAUAACUCUAGAUAUUUUUAAAUUGUUCAUGAAAAGACUUAAAUUUUAUCUGUGAUAUUUAUUUAUAGAUUUAUGUAAAUAAAGUGAAAUAUAUAUUUCUGGUUCUUUAUAAAGCCAUGAGAAGUUUUGAUCAUGAGAAUAAAGAAUUACAUACUU